GGGAUGAUUGGUAAGUGCUGUAGCUUUAUAUUUUUUGCUGUAGAAUUUAAUCUGUAGAUUUAUUUGCUGUAGCUUUCUUUGCUGUAGAUUUCUAAAGCACUAAUUUUUUGCUCUGGAAAUAAAGCUCUCUACAGCCAUAUUUUGAUUUUUCAGAGAUUUUUUUGCUGUGAGUUUUUUAAGGAAAGCAAAGCUCGAUUGGUUGACAUAUAUAGCUGUAGAUUAAAUUUUGGCUGUCCAGAGCAUCUACAGCCCCAACCAAUCAUCCCCAUAAUAUUCUCUUGAAAGUGUUGGACAGAAUAUGUUUCUUUAUAAAUCACUUAUGCGACACAUUCCACCGUAUUUUCUAAAUGGAAAUUCCAUUAAAUACUCUAAUUAAUUUUAUUAAACUUUUUAAUACCUAUAACUAUUUUGCUACCAUGUUUGAUACUUUAAUUAAUUAUUCUUCUUAUUUUAAUACACAACAUUUUUAAUAUUCAAAAUUUGUUUAUUUUAGUUAAAAUAUUAAUAAGUUCCAAAUAAAAUUCAAUAGAUAUCCAAAUCCUAAGAAAAAAGUCUUAAAACUUUCUAAUUUUAUUUUAAGUUAUAGAAUAGAAACUUAGAAACUUUAAAAAAUUAAUUUUGAAGGAAAUAUAUAAUUUUUUUCUAUUUCAAAAAAUAAACUAAAUUCGCUAUUUAAAACUCAAAACUUCUAUUACACAAUUUAAGAUCAUCCACAAUUUAGUUACUUUUAUAUCUAAAACAUGAAAUAAAAUGAAAUUUUUUUAAUGAUUUUUAUGAUUUUAAAUGUCAUUUAAAAUUUAUUAAUAUUUAUGAUUAAAAUAAACAUAGUUUAAGCAUUAAAAUAGAAAUAAUUUUGAAAGUUUAUUAAAUGAACAGAAUAAUUACUUGAAGUAUUAAAUUGGGUAUCGGAAAAAAAUUGAGUAUUAAAAGUUUUAACAAAAUUUAGUUGGAAUAUUUUUAUUAAAAUUUACUUUUCUAAAUGUUGUAGUGAGAAGCUUAUAGGUAAACAAAUCAUCUGAAAUAUCACAUAACUACAUAUAAUGGAUGGAUAUCAGCUUCAUCAAUUUUCUUGAUUCUCGAGUGUAUGAGUAUUGGGCUACGUGAGGCCCAAAAGAUUAAUACCUUAAGAGACACGCAUAAAAUCUACUUCUUUCACUUCCAAUUCGCGGACUCUUCCGGCCGUUAAUCGCCGCCUACCUUCACAGCUUCUCAUAAACCUGGUUUCGUCUUCUUCACUGUGAAAGAUGCAGAAAGAUGAGGCUAUAUGGCACAAUAUCAAAUACAUACACUGCUGUUAUAUGGCCAAAACCGAAACCGGAAUCUUCUGCAGAAACCCUUAUAAUGUAACUAGUAUCUGCAGUCAAAGCUCUUGUCCUCUCGCCAACAGUCGCUAUGCCACCAUCCGUGACCACGAUGGAGUGUUUUAUUUGUAUACGAAGACUAUAGAGAGAGCUCACACGCCGAAGCACUUGUGGGAGAGAAUUAAGCUGCCUAGAAACUAUGAGAAGGCACUUGAACUCAUUGAUAAGCACUUGUUGUAUUGGCCCGAGAUGUUGCAGCACAUGGUUAAACAAAGACUAACCAAAUUGAAUCAAAUGCGUAUUCGAAUGAGAAUACUUGCUCUCGAAACAAGGGAAAAGAUAAUGCGUAUGCCUAUGCCUAGGAGGGAAAUAAAAAGAGAGGCGAGAAGAGAGGAAAAGACUGGAAUAGCAGCGGUGUUUGAUAAUGCCAUUGAAACCAAGUUGUUAGAACGUUUGAAGAAUGAUGUUUACUACCCUGACAUACUCAAUUACCUUGAAAAUAAUGUUCAAGCUGAAGAAGAAGAAGAGGAGGAGGAGGAGGAGCCAGAGAUUGAAUACGUUGAAGGCUAUGGUGAACUCGAGAAAGAAGAAGAAGAUAUGGAAGAUUUUUAUGGCUUCCUAUUUAAGGAGUCUCACCUUGACGGUGACGAUCAUGGCUCGGAAGAUGAGGAUGGUGAUGACGCUGCGGAGCAAGUUGUGAUUCACAGAAAAGGAAGAGCUUUAAGGAAUAUUGAUGAUGAUAAUGGAAAGUCUAAGAAGAAACCAAAAGUUGUAGUUGUUGAGGUCGAGCAAGAAGAUGGAGAUACGAGCAGAGGCGUGCCUACAGUGUAUUGA